ACGUACACAAUGUGGAACAAUGUACAUUCAUGUCUGUUUACAAAAUCGUUAUAACAAUUUCAUAAAUAUAGUGCGUUAUAUGCAGCCAAAAAUUGUGGCGGAUGGUAAAGCACGUGACGACGGUCAACCCAGGGAUCGCAGACUGCCACCCCGUGUAACCGGAGUUUGACGCAGCACAAUCCGACGCCACCAUGCAACGUUCCGCGCGCUCCAUCAACUCCCGUAUCUUCGCGCUGGCCGCUCUGAACAUGGGGUUCGGUAUGAUUAGCUCGUCAUUCGGAUUUUACUAUGUAAAGGUUUUCCUGAAUAUCUACCAUAUACAAGAGGGAUGGUUUCAGGUUGCCCAGACGUUGUUUCUCAUUUGGAACGCUAUCAAUGACCCGUUGUUUGCCUACCUUCAGGACAGUACAAACUUCCGGUUCACAAAGACACGGCGGGAAAGUGUGUUGUACGCCGCACCGCUCUUUGCUCUGUCUUAUCUUGUGCCGUGGUUCUCCUGGGGAGACCCGGUCACUAUGGCUCCCUGGGUGACGGGCAUGCACCUGAUCGUGGCCCUCUGCUUCUGGGACACAAUGUUCACGUAUGUCGGCCUGGCCGCCUGCUGCCUUUUUACCGAGAUAUCCAAGGAUGAGAACGAGAGACUGCGAAUGGUGAAGUACGGCCAGAUCGGAAGUGUGCUGGGUUCGUCCAGUAUCCUCAUUCUCCAGUACAUGUCUGACCAGCUAGAGAACUUUCAGGCUUUUCAGAAUACCUGCAUCGUGAUAGCGAUUAUAAGUUGUUUGCUGAUGCGAUAUUGUGGUAAACACGCCCACACUGCUCAAGAUAUCGAGCACCAAGACCAAGUUCAGAAAGGGAACACACCUGAAUUGAAAUCACAGGAGUUUUCAUACUUUAUGUUAUCGAAGCAAAUCAUGUUAAACAGGGACUUUCUGGCAUUUGUGGUGACGAACUUUUUCCAAGAAUUUCACCGUACAUUCCUAUCGAACUUCUUCGCCAUAUUCUGCGACCAACUCAUUGCUAAUGGUGCCAUUUCACCGUUUGUCCGCAGUGUCUUCUAUGGGACGCACGGAACGUUGGCGCAGCUGUUGACGAUACUGGGUACGCCGGUUGUGAGGCGGUUUGGGUACUUCCGGCUGAUCCGGACAAGCCAGGUGUUGAGUAUGGUGCUGGGCCUCGCCUUCCUCAUCCUGGGGCCCAUCAACCACUGGUGUAUCAUGGCGUUCUUGCUCAUUGAUUAUUGCCUGGCGAACAGUGUGUACGGACUAUUCAACCUCCCCCUCUCAGACAUCGCCGACAAAGAUCUCGUGCGCUACGGACGCAGACACCCAGUGACGUCAAUGGUAUUUGGCAGCAACGCGCUCGUGGUGAAGCCCGCCAUUUCUCUAUCGCCGAUGUUUGUCGUCUGGAUGCUGAACAAGUACGGCUACGAACAGCUGAACAAGGACUCGCUGGGACCAGCGGAGACGGCGUCCCUGCACCAUAUCAUGUUCCUGCUGCUGUGUAUGUAUCCGCUCGUGCUCGGGUGUAUCCAGUUCGUGGCCUGGUCAUUCUAUUCCAUCAGGGAGAAGAAAUCUGUUGAUGUGACUCUGCUGAUAAGUGGGAAAGAGUCUCUGUGAUUUUCACGAUAUAAACACUUCGCUAUGUGCUAUUUAAGCUUGUCUGAUUUUCGGAAACAAAGCGGAAUAAUAAGAAGAGUUCUAUAGCUGUGACAAUAAUUGUCGGCGUCGUUAUGGUGCACAAACAAUUUUUUAUAAACCGUAAAGAUAGUGGAGGAUGUCAAGCCCCCAAGCCCCACCAACACCACCACCACACCCACCACACACCCCACCUUUUGGUACGCCAGAUUCCUGCCCGUUAUUUUAGGUAGUCUUGAUGUCGAGGCCAAGUAUGCUGUAUUUUACUAUUACAUGUAUAGCUAAGUAGAUUCGAAUUCCGUAGACGUAACGUCAAAAGGUUAGGCUUACAAGUGUAACGCUCAAACGGCGUUUUUGACGUCAACGUAAAUAAAAAAAUGUUUAGUGCAGUGUAUGUAUGUAUUUUUUGAUCAGUUGGCGGUAUAACUAUUAAACAAAUGAUGAGUAUUUAAAAUCGCAAAAAUUAUGAAACAGUUAUUGACCACUGAAACAUGAUCAUGCAUACAUCAAAUGUACAAUACACGACUAAUACGUUUUACCUAUUCUAUAUUUUCCAGAUAUGAAAUUUGUGAAAUGAAAAAAAUAACAAUCAUAGACUGUGUGUACAGUAUAUAUAAUUGGUGAAACCACGGACCACUGGUUUAUAGGUCCGUGGUGAAACGUACUGGUGUAAAAAUGACUUACAUUGCCAUAUAGAAAUAUUUGGUCAGAUUAUUAAAUAUUUUACUGUUAUUUUGAAGAAUAAUACUUUGAGCCAGAAAUUGACAUCUUAUAUAAAUAUGAUCCAAUGGUGCAACGGCGAGAUUUUGUAGUUGUACUGUUAACCCCCAAUUAAUGAUUAGAAAUAUACUGUAUCCAGAUGAACAGACGUCUAAAGAGAAGCUAUUUAACUACCAUUUUGAGAAAGUUUGGCGUUGAACUACUUGAAUUUGAUGUUGUUGGAUAUUCUGAAGACAUAGAAAAUAAAAAAAUAAAAGCCCUAGCUAGUGUAUAAGUUACUACAAUUCUUUAAGAUGAUGUCAGAAAAUAGGCUCAUAAAAUAUGAACGUCAGCUUUCUUUCUAGAAGAACGUCCGUUGUUAUUGAAAGCAAACAAAAAUGAAGACCAUUUUAAUGUUUGACUUAUGUACUUUCAGACCAUACUUUUAUUAAUGAAACAUGGUUAAAUUGGUUACUUAAUUUUGAGCUUUCAUCGUCGCAAAUUUAUUGUACGCGUAAUCUUCAUAAAUUGACAGAAAACGGCGUUCAUAAAAAUGACGUACUACUCCGCGCUAGUUCAGUAUACAUUGAUAAAAAUGCAGUGAACAAUCCUAACUUAAUUGACACUUAACUCGUAUGUUAGGAUUUGAUAGCAUCUUGCAGAAACAAACUACAAUCGCAAUCUUUUUUCCACCCUGAUACUGAAACUCUGUACACAUGUUGAUAAUGUGACCAACAAGUCCCAGCACUCAACAUAAACUAUUUCUGAACUUUGACCUGUGACCUGUGGUGCUGUGUUAAUUUGUAAAUUAGUGGCCGCCUUGAAACUCAGGCCCCAGUUUCACAGAAAUGCUCAACAUGUUAAUAAUGUAUGCAUAGCAUUGUGUGAAUUCUUCUGUUCACAGUUCUACUCGGUUGUUGAUUUCUGAUGAAUUAUGUUGAUAUUUUAUUUCAGCUACAGUGCCAUGCUUUUUACUUUGUUUUCAAGAUUUUGCUACGUUAUAUUUAUGUAAAGUUAAUUCGAAAUAAACUGUGUGUUUUCA